AUCGUGACAGCAUGAAUGGGUACAGUGAAACUGGCGAAUCGCACGAUCUAUGGUGGCAAAAGAUGGGCGUACCCGCUGAGCGAGAUGAACUAUACGGCUAAUGAGUUUCGUAAGUGGUGACUGGCUUCACUAGCGGGAGGUCGUAACAGGAAGAGGGUUAGCGUGGCACCGAAUUCGAAGCACGGAAGCACGAAAUGAACGUAGUCCUUGACUUCAAGGCUACCGAAACAUAUAGAGCAAUAUAUAUGGAGCAUCGGGCGCGACCGCACGCCAUUAGUGGUACAUUUUCUGGCUAUCUGCGUGUUGACUGUCGCGGCGCUCCCGAGGACGGUGGCAUGUCCGGAACCAGGUAGUGCACCUGG